CCUUCGCCACUACGCGAGAGGCCACUGUGCGAGUGUCCGCGUGCUCGUGCGCGCGCUGUUCCCCGGCUAGGCUCCAGGCCGUCGGGAUCUCGCGGAUCCGCCCGGGUCGCGCAAAGCCCGGGGGCGGGGCGGUCACUUGGGUCCCGGUCCCCGUUCGGCGCGUCCGUGGUCCGAGGCGUUUUUUGCAGGUUCCGGGGCUGGAUCCCUGUGGGGCGGGCGGCGGGGAAUGAGAGGGUUCGCGGGGGCCGGGCUGGGGGUCGUGCCAGGGCUGCAGGUGGCGUCCGCCCUUCGGCCUGGGACUCAGCGGCUGGGUUGCGGUGGGCACCGGUGGGCUCCAGCGGUGGGGGGAGGCCCUUCCUCCGCCGCGGCCAGUGCUCAGAGCGCCUUGACGUUUCCGUCCAGACCGGCUCGUACAGGUGGUGUCUCCCACGCGCGUGCCCGGCCGCCCGCGACCUUCGGGACACACGGCCAGUCGUGGGGGCGCCCUGGGAAUGUACGCGGGGCGACCCGAUUGUUCGCCUCCGUCCAGGCUCCACCCAGCUUGCCUCUGCUUUUAUCAGUAGGAUUUUUAACGGGGCGUCUCUACUAACAAAAAACCCAGACAACUUUGACAGUUGCUAAUGCGGUGAGGACAGCGUUGGCCUCAAGCCUUGUCUCUGACUUUGACCCACAACUGCCACUUGAAACAGUCAACUCACAAUUUCUGGGUCUCAGGCUUUUCAUCUGAAAACGAGGGAGUGGCAAGAAAUUACCUUUUCUUCUCUAGCGUGGAAGCUUUUUGCAAUCGUUAAAACACAUUAUUUUAUUGAUUCCUUACUGUUUCAACCACAUGGUGCUGGACUGAAACUGCUUUGCUUGCCUGUUUUCUUGGGUUAAGGAUUUUAAAAUAUGUUCACUGUCGUCAGUUUAGAGUGUACUGAUAAACAGAUUCAAAUGAAAAUCAUUCAUGAUCCCAUCAGCAGGAAAUAGUCACUGCUAACGUUUUGUACAUCCUUUAAUCAAUAAAUGUGUGUAUAUUGUUAAUAACCUUAUUUGUUCCCUUUAAGAAUAAAAAAACAACAAAAUUGGGAAUAUGCUGCAUAUCCUGCUUAAAGCCCUUACAAUCUAUCACAGAUAUGUUAAGUUGAAAUAUUUUGUCCCAAGUGGGGAGUUGGACCUUUCUGUGGGAGUUCUUUCAACUUGCCUCUGAGAUCUUUUCUUUCUCUUCUUUUUCUCCUUAGUCUGCCCUGUUGCCAUCAUCUCUGGACAGGGGACUGUAUCAUGCGUGUACUGGGAAUAUAAACAGGGACUCCCAAGACAUUUGCCCAUCCCUCUUUCUACUGCUGUUGUGGGUCUUGGUCACAGGCCCUGGGGUAGACUGCAUGGAACCAGUGGCCCCAAUCUACCAUUUGUGCAUAUAUCAUCUAUUUGGGGCACAUGAAUUUUUGUGCAGUAUUAGAAUUUGAGUAGACUCCAGGAGUUGGUGAUGGACAGGGAGGCCUGGCCUGCUGCGAUUCAUGGGGUCACAAAGAGUCGGACAGGACUGAGUGACUGAACUGGCUGACUGACUGACUUCCUUAAUGAAUGCUGAAUGCAUCAGAAAAGACAGCAUGGUGUAUAGAACAUCUGGCACAUAGUUGUUGUUUAGUUGCUACAUUGUAUCCGACUGUUUUGGGACCAUAUAGACUGCAGGUCAGCAAGGCUUCUCUGUCCUCAAGAUUUCCUAGGCUAGAUUACUGGAGUGGGUUGCCAUUUCCUUCUCUAGGGGAUCUUCCCAACCCAGGGAUCCCACCUGUGUCUCCUGCAUUGGCGUGCAAGUUCUUCACCACUGAGCCACCAGGGAAGCCUGGCACAUGUUAGGUGAACAUGAGCAUGUCAUGGGGAGAACUGCGGUGCUCUGCAGGAAGCUGCUGAGGGUAUAUAAAGGAAUCAUUUCUUGUGUAACUGGAAAGAACCUCAAUAUGUAUUUCUGAGUUGAUACCAAGGGCUGAAUCACAGGAAGACAUGAAAGGGAAGAGUUUGGUGUCUGAAGUGCUGCUUUAGUGUGUCAUAGGGAUGAGCAAGCUGUGUCUCUGUGGAACUAAGGUGACGGAAUGUGUGCGUGGAGAUAAGAGCUAAUUCCAGGAUGUAUGGUUCACAGAUCCUGGUUCCCCAGAAAUGAGCCUGCUCCUGUGAGACAAGAAAGGCAUUCCCAGCAGAGAAAUUCAUUCCUGGUGUUGAACACUUCACUCCCGAGCUUCAGGAUAAAAGCAGAGGCCACAGAACUGAACAAACCUCAGACUUGCUGAUCAUCUCACACAGGCUGCAGAAAUGACCAUGUUACAGAUUUGGACUCCUUUUAUUUCUUUUUCUUCUCUGAUUGCCAUGGCUAGGACUUCCAAAACUGUUGAAUAAAAGUGGCAAGAGUGGGCAUCUUUGUCUUGUUCCUGAUCUUAGAAGGAAUACUUUCAGCUUUUCACCAUGGAAUGUGAUGGUAGCUGUGGGUUUGUCAUAUAUGGCCUUUAUUAUGUUGAGGGGUCGUUCUCAUUUGAAGAUUUAUCUGUGGACUUCACCCAGAAGGAAUGGCAACUACUGGACCCCUAUCAGAAGGACUUAUACAAGGAUGUCAUGUUGGAGAAUUAUAGCAGUCUCGUGUCACUAGGGUAUGAAGUUAUGAAACCUGGUGUCAUCCUUAAGUUGGAGCAAGGAGAAGAGCCAUGGACAAGAGAUGGAGAAAUUCCAAGUUCAGACUCACUAGAUCAAGUCUUUCAAGUAAAUGGUCACAUGACUUGGCACAAGGAUAACAAGAAGUUUAAAAAUAUGAAACAAGAUCAUGAAUGUUAUGCACUUGGAAAAAAGUUUAAUCUGAGCACAAACUUUAUUCCUUUAAGGAAAUCAAACAAAGAAGGUGACAUAGAUGGGAUAAUUUUAAAACAUCAUUUAGAUUUUCUUAUUCCAAAAGCGAACUAUGGAAGAAUGGAACCAGCUGACUUAAACAUAUUUGAUAAAUUAUUUCUCCAUACCAAGACUGAGGAAACUGAUACUUGGUUAAAAUACUAUGCAUGUGAUAAAGUUAGCUAUAAGAAGUCACAGAUUAUCAUAUAUCACAGAAGUCGUUCAGGGGAGAAACUCUAUGAAUGUAGUGAAUGUAGGAAACGCUUCAGUAAGAAAUCAAGUCUCAUUAAACAUCAGAGCAGACAUAUAAGAGAAAUAGCCUAUGGCUGUGGUAAAUGUGGCAAGACUUUUCCCCAGAAGUCACAGUUUAUUACACAUCAUAGAACUCAUACAGGAGAGAAACCUUACAAUUGUAGCCAAUGUGGGAAAGCCUUCUCCCAAAAGUCACAGCUAACAUCCCAUCAGAGGACACAUACAGGAGAGAAACCAUAUGAAUGUGGUGCGUGUGGGAAAGCCUUCUCCCGGAAGUCACAUCUCAUAUCACAUUGGAGGACACACACAGGAGAGAAACCCUAUGGAUGCACUGAAUGUGGGAGGGCCUUUAGUGAAAAGUCAAAUCUCAUCAAUCAUCAAAGGAUUCAUACAGGAGAGAAACCUUUUGAAUGCAGAGAAUGUGGGAAAGCCUUCAGCAGGAAGUCACAGCUUGUCACACAUCACAGGACCCACACAGGAACAAAACCCUAUGGAUGUAGUGAUUGUAGAAAAGCCUUCUUUGAGAAAUCAGAGUUAAUUAGACAUCAAACAAUUCAUACUGGAGAGAAACCCUAUGAAUGCAGUGAAUGUGGGAAAGCCUUCAGAGAGAGGUCUAGUCUUAUUAACCAUCAGAGAACCCAUACAGGAGAGAAGCCUCAUGGAUGCAUCCAGUGUGGGAAAGCCUUUUCCCAGAAAUCUCACCUCUUAUCACAUCAGAUGACACACACAGGAGAAAAACCCUUUGUAUGCACUAAGUGUGGGAAGGCCUUCAGCAGGAAAUCCCAGCUUGUCAGACAUCAGAGAACUCAUACAGGUGAAAAACCCUACGAGUGCAGUGAAUGUGGGAAAGCUUUCAGUGAAAAAUUAAGCCUUACUAAUCACCAGAGAAUUCAUACAGGAGAAAAACCGUAUGUGUGCAGUGAGUGUGGGAAAGCCUUUUGUCAGAAGUCACAUCUCAUAUCACAUCAGAGGACACACACAGGAGAGAAACCCUAUGAAUGCAAUGAAUGUGGGAAAGCCUUUGGUGAAAAGUCAAGUCUUGCAACACAUCAGAGAACCCAUACAGGAGAAAAACCUUACGCAUGCAGGGAUUGUGAAAAAGCCUUCUCCCAGAAGUCACAGCUCAAUACUCACCAGAGAAUUCACACAGGAGAGAAACCGUAUGGAUGCAGUCUUUGUCAAAAAGCUUUCUUUGAAAAAUCAGAACUAAUUAGACAUCAGAGAACUCAUACAGGAGAAAAACCUUAUGAAUGCAGUGAAUGUAGGAAAGCCUUCAGGGAGAGAUCAAGUCUCAUAAAUCAUCAGAGGACACAUACAGGAGAGAAACCCUUUGAAUGCAGCGACUGUGGCAAAGCCUUCUCUCGGAAGUCACACCUCAUACCACAUCAGAGGACACACACAGGAGAGAGACCCUACAGUUGCAGUGAAUGUAGAAAGGCCUUCUCUCAGAAGUCACAGCUUGUUAAUCAUCAGAGAAUUCACACAGGAGAGAAACCUUUUCAAUGCAGUGAGUGUGGGAAAGCCUUCUCCCAAAAGUCACAGCUUAUUAAUCAUCGGAGAACUCAUACAGUAAAGAAAUCCUAAGAGUGGUGUUAAUAUUAGUCUUUGACAGAGAUCUUACCUCAUCAGUUAUGGUAAAUCUUUCAGAUAAUAGCUACAUCACAUUAUAUAUAUAUAUAUAAUACACUUUUAAGUUAGGAACUCCAAAUAGGUUAUGUCAGGGAAGCUUUCAGCAGAUUAAUGUGUUUAUUAUAUUAGAAUUCAGAGGGAGAAUGACCCUAUGAAUUGCAGUGGAUUUCAAAAACCUUUCAAACCUUUUUCAGUAGAAAAUUAACAGUACAGAAGAAUACUGUGACUAUCAGAAAGCUUUCCAGAGAUCAAAUUUCAUUAGCCAUUGGAAAAAUUCCCACUGAAAAUGAAUCCUAUUCCAGUGAGUUAAGGGAAACUUCAUGAAUACAGCAAGUGAGGUGAUAUUUUCAUCAAGAAAUAACAGCUCAUUGUACAUAAGAAGAUGCCCUCAGGAAUGAAUUCUUUGAAAAUACUAAAUAUAGGACAAUCUUCGGCAAGUAACCCCACCAUGUUGUAUCCUGUGGGUAUACCUAACAGUUUAAAGACACUAGAAAUACAUGCCCCUAGAAAUAAUGCUAUAAUGGAAAGCCAUGCACUCUUUAUAGACAUAGGUACCAAAAAUAACUGGUUCUAAAUUAUAUUAAGGCUCAAGUAUGAAGUUUCUAAAAAUGUGAAUAAAUUGAGUCAUUGGAAUACAAAAUUUCUCCAUGGUAUAUAAUUAUGGCUUAUUUUCCUGUGUCACAGGCUGUGUUUUGUAUUUUGGAAUUACAUAUGGUAAUGUAAUUGGGAGCAUGAGAUGUACAUGCCUUGUAGUGCCUCUGAUGUCUAUCAAGACAUACCACAUGCCACUGGUUUUUCUAUUUUAAUAAUACUAUAAAAAUGAUAACUUGUAGGACAUGUCUUACUGCUCAAUAAGUAGCAUGAGUAAUGUCAACACAUUUCCUUAUGAUUUGUUAGUUUAUAAAAGGCUCUAUUAUUGGCACUGACCUUUCUCUUUAGUAGCAAAAGCCAACAUUAUAUAAAGUCUUUUGGAUCCUAGACUCUGAGAAACAGUUUAUAUGAAAACUGAUUAAUAAGUAUUCUAGUGUAGAACUGCAGAAUGGCAUGAGUAAAUUGUGAGGAGAAUGAACUGUGGCUCUACACUCCUACUCAGUGGCAUUAACUUGGAGCAGAAUGCCCUCCUUGUGUAAUGAGGUGCCUCCAUGCAUCCAGUGUGUGUAUCUUAAGUGCUAUGUCACCCAAGUACAACUUGUAUUUUAAUUUACUGUGAUGAAUUGUCAUGAAUAUUGUGUGCUGCUAUUAUGUUUUUGGUGUUUUGUAAAAUAUUCCGUAAAAGUUAGAUGAAGAAACUAGGUAUUUGAGAAUCACUGUCCAGAGAAUAUAAAAUAUAAAGGAUUUUGUGGUGAGAACCAUAUUUUUGAUGUAUCCCAGGAAGCCUAUUUUGCCUUCCUGCAGAUUUCUGUGAUUACCAGACAGGUAUCAGAAAUCAAGCUUUUUAUUAUUUCAUCACUGGAAAUGUUAGUGUUUCACUUGCCUUUCACCUGUUGUAUCAUGCACAUGAGAAAGUUCCCAUGUGUGCUUACCAUUUUAUAAGGGUGGUUCCUUCUGAAAAUGCAUGAACCAUGCCUAGGUUUAUUUAGAAUUUUGUAGCAAUCUCUUUAUAAUGUUGUUCGACAAAAUCAACUAUGUUUUUUGUAUGAUGGUGAAAUUCAGAAAAGUCUAGCAUUGACCUUGUUUCCAUACUUGAAAAAAUCAGGCCUUCUCUCAUGCACAAGUCGUCUUACCAGUGUGGUGUUUGGUACCUUUGAUUCUAGCAGUAAUUUUUUCUUUACCUACAAUUUUACAUCAUUGUUGGAAAAUUGGAAUACUAAAUAAAUGAGGGUAAUUUUAUGAACUAUUGUACCAGAAUUUCAACAAAGUCCUAUUUCCCAAAUUUUUAUUCAUACAUAAAUUUAUGGACUUCCUACUUUUCUCCCUAAUACCUUAAGGUCAUUUUACCGGGUUGGUGAAACAGACCUUUGUAAAGGAACGAGUAGUUACCGUGUGGUGUUUUACUUUGUGGGUUGUUGGGUUUUGUUUUGUGUCCCCCCCCCCCCAACCCCCAUUUUUUUCUUUUCCGUCUAUCCUGGGUCUCUUUCCUCAGCCCAGUGAUUGACUUGUUGGGUCUUGGAUUCAGCUGAGGAGUCUGUUGUCUAAAAACUUCCUAGUUUUGCUCACUCCUGUUCUAGAUUAUUUUUGAACUACUAAGCAGUUAAUAUUAGAACUUCCUUUAUGAGAUGAUAAAACUUCACUGGCCUUUUGAUCGAAUCCCAAGGGCGAAUGUGUUUCCUAAGGAUCUGAUGUCAGUCAUCCUGUGUCAGGGCUGAUGCUGGCAGCAGGGGUUUUGUUUAUCAAAAUACCUGAUGUUCCACAUCCCAGGUGUGUGGUGUAGAACUCACCUGGCAUUCUGUCUUCUGAAGGGUCACAAGAGGCCUCUGAUUCUGAAAUUAGAAAUUCUUAGUGUCACGUUUUUAAGUCACCUUGGUAAACCACAAAAAUAUAUUUCCCCUCACCGAUUCCUACUACAAAUGCUGCAUCAAGAAGAAAGCCAAUUUUAAAGUUAGGCUGGAUUUACUUAUGGUUUUGUGAAGCUCAAUAAAUGACAUUUAGAUGGAAUACUUGAGGAGGAGCAUCUCCUUUCCCUUCCUCUUUCACCACCCAGGUUCCUCCAUUGGUGUGGAAGCAAUCCUGCAGAGCACACUUUCUAUUCUAUUCCUUACACUAAGUACUGGAUCUUCUAGAGGUCCCAUCUAUGAAUUCUGAGACCUAUACCAGGAUUGCCUUGUGUUCAGCUUUUCUUUGUGGGCUUUGAUAUUUUCAGACACCAUUAUCUGUAUGGAUCUGUAUGUUCCUGAUAUUUUGAUUUCAUGUGACAUUUUCAUCACAUGUAGAACCCUGAGAUGAAAUGAACCCAAAGAAUACCAGACAUAUCUACCAAUAUCUGUAUUACAUAGCAAAGUAUACAUCCAUAGACAUUUGGACCCUACACUUGAGAUCUCAGUCAUUUGGUCAUUUACUCCAGUAUGUACCCAGAUUGUCAAUUUCAUUGAGUUUGUCAGUCUACAAACAUGAUACCAACAAGCUUUCAGAUGCUGAGCACCUAGUGCUGGCCUGCAUGCCAGUUAACUAACUCAGCCAUUACUUUUGCAGCUGUAUGCAUAUUUUUUGCCCUUUUCAUCCUUUCAGUCCAUUUUUUGCACUUAUAUAUACUAGUUAUUUUAAGAUGCAAUUCUGAUUAUACACUCUUGUAUUGAAAUAUCAUGUGGCUAAUUGUAGGCUUGGCUUCCCAGGUGGUUCAGUGGUAAAGAAUCCGCCUGCCAUUGCAGGAGACACAGGAGACAUGGCUUCAGUCCCUGGAUCAGGAAGAUCCACCUGGAGAAGGAAUGGCAACCCAUUCCAGUAUUCUUACCUGGCAAGUCCCAUGGACAGAGGAGCCUGGUGGGCUACAGUCCAUGAGGUUGCAAAGAGUUGGACAUGACUGAGCACAUGCGUGUGCGCGUGCGCACACACACACACACACAUUGUGGAUUUAAGGUGUAAUAUCCUCAUGGUAUAUGAGGACUUUUAUACAAAACCAUACCUGUUCAUAAUUUCUGAAUACUUUAUCUUUCCUCUUACAGUUUUGGUUUUGUUUUGUUUUUGCUUCCUUAAACUACUUGAGAGUUCCACAAUCUCUCAUUUUACGCUUUUAUGUGUGUGUGCUUUUUUGUUGAUCUACUGCCACUGAAAUGCCCUUGUUCCUUGUUAAUACCUAUUCAACCUAUGUGAACUUGUACAUGUAUUUGUCACUGGUGAUACAAUUGUUGCAUGUUUUAUCUUUCCCAUUAGGAAGCUUCUGGAAAGCUAGGACUCUUGUUUGUCUAUAUAAUUUUAACAACCGAAGCUUUGGUUCAUAAGUGUGAGUGGUGUCAGUGGCUGUGUUUUCUACCACAUGAGGAGGCAUAGCUGCAAUGAGAGAAGUGUGAAGCCACCACGGAAGCCAAGUCAUGAGCAUCCUGGCUGGGUUCCAGGAUCUGGUUCUUGUCUUGAAGUCUGGCUUCAUCUCUGCCAUUUUCUUGCCUUGAUUAUUGGACUUUUCUGUGAGAUAUCCCAAAUAUCCUUAUAAUAAAUCCCCAUGUUUGUUUCAGCUGG